UACAGUGGGUGGACGUGGCGCUGGUAGUUAGCUUAUCGAGCUGAGACCUGAGUUGAAUACUGUGUUUCAGACUUUCAGACGUUAUAAUUUCACCUAUUUUAUUUCUUCAAUCUCUAAAAUGUCUUUAAAUUUGAAGCUGCUGCCGAUUGGGACAGAUCAAACAUCACUUUGCUUUGAUCAGGAUGUAUUUAUGAGGGAUGACUUUGAUGUGGAUAGUUUUGUUGCAGAAUGCAGGCAUCAUGUGCAGUUAGAAACCUUGCGAGAGGAUCUGCACAUUUAUUUUAAGACCCUCAAGAAUGCCAUGGUGGAACUCAUCAAUAAAGACUAUGCUGACUUUGUCAAUCUCUCAUCAAAUCUGGUUGGAAUGGAUAAGGCAAUUAGCAAUCUCUCAAUCCCUCUUGGUCAGCUCAGAGAAGAAGUUAUGAGUGUUCGAUGUGCAAUUGAUGAAGCUAUCCAUGAUGUUGAAGAGAAAAUGACUGCCAGGAACAGAACUCGUCAGAAGAAGGCAUGUUUGCAGAGGCUGAUGAAUAUAGUGAAGUCUGUUGAGAAGAUGGAGGGUAUUCUUAGGAUAACAGAAGAUAGCGAACCUCAGGAAGACAUAAGCAUUGAACUUACUGGCCAGCAAAUUGAGAGAGUGGCAUCAGAAUUCAACCAGCUACAGUACUAUGUCACUCAGAGCAAAGGGCUCCCUCUGGUGGAGAAAAUUAGACCUAGGAUAGCUGCUAUUACAGUGACUCUCCAGCAUAGCCUUGAGAAGUCUUUUAGGGAAGGCCUAGAAGCAGGUGACACCAAUGUCUUAAGGCAAUGUCUGAGAACGUAUGCAACCAUUGAUAAAAUGAGGGAUGCUGAGGCUCUCUUUAGACAGAUUGCUGUCAAACCAUAUUUAGAUGAGAUCAUCAGUGAGAGUUUCCUUCACAACCACCCUCAGGGUCUGAAAGGAAUGUAUUCCAGAAUCUUAGACUUCAUCCCCAAGCACUGUGAUCUCAUCAGGAAGGUCACAUCACCAAGUCAAAGUGCCAGUGGCCAGGAGAUAGUAAGAGGUUAUGACUUUCCAGUCAAUGCUGCUUGGCCUGAGAUAGCCAGUAGUCUAGAGACUAGAACACCCUCCAUCUUUGCUCCAGGGAAUCCUGACAUAUUUCACCAGAAAUUCCUACUGACCCAAGACUUUGUGAAUGGGUUUGAGCGGCAGUGUGGCUCCCAGGCCAGCGUGCGUCGUCUCAGGUCUCAUCCAACUUACAGUGCUUUCAUGACUAAAUGGAGCCUUCCUGUUUACUUCCAAUUAAGGUUUCAAGAGAUAGCUGGUCAGUUUGAGGCAGCACUGAUGUCUCCAUUCAGCAUUUCACCAGAUGGGUCCAGGUAUCAGUUAUCUGCCAGCCAAGUAUUGUGGGAGUGUCUUCAGAGGUGUUGGCAUGACAAUGUCUUCCUAACCCCUCUGUGUCAUCGCUUCUGGAAGCUGACCCUUCAGCUCCUGUCAAGAUACGCUGUUUGGGUGGAUGAGGUUUAUAACACUGAGAUUACAGAGGAAGGCAGAAAGGCAGCUGAAGAGAAAAGACAGCAGCAGGCAGCAGCCAAAAUGGAGCCCAAGGCUGAAGGGGAUGGAGGAGAGCGUUCCACACCAUCACCUGUCCCAUCAGGUCCCCCUCCUGCUACUCUUUCUCAACUUGUCAAAAUGGUGUCUGAUAUUGAUAGCAUCACAGCUGGGCUUCCAGAAGUCUUCAAGGAACACAUCAAGCCAAAGCUUAUAUCAGUUAACUGCACAGAAUUCACUUCAUUAGAAGAAGCUAUGGAAGACAGUGCAUCAGCUAUUCAGACUCGCUUGGAAGCCACCAGCUUACAUGUAACCCAAGAGGUUGGUUCACUCUGUGUGAUACAUCUUAAAGGAGCCAAUGAUAUACCUAGACUCUACAGAAGAACCAAUAGAGAGGUUCCCAGCAAACCAUCAAGCUAUGUCAGCAGCACCCUAAAGCCUCUGCAGACAUUCCUUGAAGACCACCAAGCCAUUCUGUCAAGCAGCAGGAGAGAGGAUUGGACUCUGGCUGUUAUUUCAAACAUCACGAAAGAGUAUCUAGCAAUCAGCACAGAACUCCUGACAUCAGUCAAGAAGAUGGAAGAUAGUUUGAAGAGACUCAAGGCUCUCAAGAAGACGGGUGCUACAGCAGGGACCACACCUAAUCAAGGAAUGUCAGAUGAUGACAAGAUCAGGUUGCAGCUAGCUCUGGAUGUUAGGUUCUAUGCUGAACAGAUUGAUUCUCUUGGCUUGGUCAGCACAGAAAUCUCAGUUUUCCAGGAACUCAGUACUUUGGUUGAAGCUACAGUGAAUCAAUCGACAUCAAGUUGAACCGUCUUACUGCAAUAUUUACCUAUUAAAUUCUUUAUUAUGUAUUCAUGGCAAAAACUUCAAUUAGAUAAGCUUGAAGCUAGAUUGAAACAUGGAGGAGGUUAUGUUCAAAUUCAGUGUUUGGAACUUUCAUUUGGAAUACAUUAUAUAAUAUGUUGACACCAGACAUUUGAAAAGUUCUGGAAGUGUCUGCGAUGCAUCUUCAUCCUAUUAUGCUAUGCCAGGAAUGAACAUUCCUUAGCCCGUUUGGGUUUAUUCGGUCAUUAAAAGUGAGCUAAUGGCUUAUCCCAACGCUUAUUGAAUUUAGUCAUAGUCUAUGUCUGGACUAUUGUUUGUGUAUGGUAAAUCGAAUGUGCCUAUAACUUGAAUAUCAACUGUUACAUUUAGCUAUCCAUUCUUAAACCACAAUAUUAGACCAUGAAACGAGAGAUGAAAGUAUAGGCCAAUGACAUUACCAAUAAGGCAAUGUGUUGAUUAUAUGGAGCAAUACAUAAGGUCUAGUGGUCAUAAAACUCAUUCUUCCUGAGGUGAUAGAUGACACCCAUCAUUUUAUGGUAUUGAGUUAUGCCCGGUUAACACUUGCAUGCAUUGUGGUGCCCGCAUUGCCCCGCAUUGGUGCAUGCCAGUGUAGGACACUUUAUGGCACGACUUGACUGUAUCAGUUCAUGCACUGUCCCAACACGUUCUUAACAUGUUUCCGCAUGCUUGCACAUAGUUCACUCACUGUCCCGAUGUGCUUUCAGCAAAUAUUCUUGACACCUUAUUCUGUGACAUAUCUAGCGCAAAUUUGAAUAUUCAAACGUUCUGGUGUUGACACCCUCUACAUUCGUUGAUUAUGACAACUUAAACUGAUCACGUGAUCCUCACUCACAAUUUUGUGCCUAUCAUUCGCAAAGUAUGCUUAGCUUAUGCGCAAAGUAUGCGCAACCCCGUCUGCAUGCCAUACCCCUGGGGGUUUGCCUACUAUUUUUAUUUCAAUACCAUGCAGUGGCACGACUACGUUGGCACACAUUUCCUGCACUGGCAUGCACCUAUCUGCAAGCUGGCACGCAUAGUUUGCACAUUGGCCCACAUGAGUGCGUGCCCAUGUGCAAACUAAGCGGAAACUACAAUGCGUGCAAGUGUUAACCGAGCUUAACCCAUGAAUAGUAGACAGCGAAUCUGUUAAAUGUCUUUUGUACAGGGACUACUUAGUUCCAGUGAGAAAUGGUUAUAUCAGUAGUUUCAUAUGAUGGAAGACAUUCUUUGAGGAAUUACGAUUCCAGUGUCAUAAUUUGUGUACGUAAAAUAUUGAGUUUUCUAGAAAUCUGCUUUACUUUACAUCCAUAUGACAAU